AUUAUUUUGGCACGCUAUAUAUUGUGUAGACAAGAAUCUAUUCCGGAUCUUUUUCUGCAUGUCUUAUACCGGUGUCCUGAAACGAUGCUGCGGUCGAAUAACAUGAUGAUGAUGCCUCGUUAAGGGUUUAUUUUUGGCUUAUCAGACUCUGCAUCGGAUAAACGACUUGGGGAGUUUUCAGCCCCGGGCGUACACAGAUCAAAAGCCGUUUCCCAGGCCGUGGAAAGACAUGGAGAUUAAGGGAGAGAGAGGAUAGAGAGAGCUGAAUCUCCUCUCCCAUCAGAUAAUACCGCUGCCCCGGGCCGGGAUGCAGAAAACACACCGAGUUUCAAAAUCGCAGGAUGUGUGAAUAAACGCCAGCCAUUUAAAGCACGUAAACAUUCGGGAUAACCGAUACUGAAUACUGAUCAGGCCUGUUAAGGAAUCAGAACAGAGGAGGGCGGCAUUUUAGACGCGUCAAUCUCAUCCUUGUGAGGAAGAAAGGCCUCAUGGGACGCUAUGCAGGGUUAAAAUGUUUUUGCACACUCAUGAGUUACCACAACCAGAAGUUUUCAACCACGGACACAAACAGAUCGUGUGCAGUUGUGAUGGUGGACACGUACUCUGGCAUGGGCGUACAUUUUUCACACAUGGACGUCUGAAACACAAGUUAUCAUGUGGAUAUCUGCACUUGCAAGAUUCAUGUGACUUUGUGAACCGUGUUUUUCUGCCAGUUUGUCUCUCAUCAAAGUGUGAGCGUAGAUCACCUCAGAGUGGAGAAUGAGCUCUCAUUUAGGACACAAGGACAUCAAGAGCUCCGUUUCAUAUUUUGUACUCGUAAUUACGAUCUUUUCUUAGACUGAAUGUUCCGGAGGGAAUCCAGACUCCACUGAGACUGUAGAAAGAGAGUCGUAUAGUUUGUCUUGUAGUUUUUUUUUUUUUUUUCUCCUUAUACUUUUUUUUCACCUCCCAUCAAAACAGAUUUUUUUUUCUUUUUCUUUCUGUAGUCUGACGUCAUGCUCGCAUGCACUCAUCUGCUGUGAUGCUUUGAGAGAUUGGAGACCGGUCUCUGAGCGAGUACUGUGUGACUGCCUCAACUCAAGUUGCUGCUUCCUUUGAGUUCUUUCUGAUCUAACAUGGGGCUUCCCGGAGAUUUGCACUAAAAGAGCUUUGCUGGCACUUGAUUUUCCUUUUUAUUGACCAAAUCUUGUUACAUUCAAGCCAUAUGAACUUAUUUUUAAUCAAACUAGAGAUAUUUUUGUAUUACAGUAAAGUCAUAGAAUCGCGUAUUAUGUGUAUCUAUUUAGUCAUAUAUUUUUUAUGUAUCAGCACAGACGUAUACAAAAAGACAUCUGCACUAUUGUAUGUUAACGUUUGUUUUUUGGAAAGAAUUGCACCUUGAUUUAUGAGAACAUAAUCUGUUUCACUAAAUCCAUGGCUACACACCAUCCUCACUCAGGUGGGAGACGACUUUCCUUCGCUCUCUGACGCCUCCCCCUGGUCCCCAGUUUUUUUUUUUGACGCCUCCAAAUGCCUGUGGGUCUCAGUGUGGACGGGGCUCUGGGAUACCCCUCCCCAUCCCGCCCGUUCCGCCCCAGUCACUAUGUGCCUGUGUCCGCAGCAACCGCCUUCCUUGUGGGGGCCUCGACGCUGUUUCUUUGUUUCACAUGUCCGUGGCUGGCAGAGCGGUUCUCCUCCUCCAUUCCGCUCUAUAAUGUUGUGGUCUUCCUCUUCACACUGGCCAAUUUCUGUAUGGCCACAUUCAUGGACCCCGGUAUCUUUCCUAGAGCUGAAGAAGAUGAGGACAAAGAGGAUGAUUUCCGGGCUCCGCUUUAUAAGACGGUGGAGGUGAGGGGCAUUCAGGUGCGGAUGAAGUGGUGCUCUACAUGUCGCUUUUACAGACCACCGCGCUGUUCACACUGCUCCGUGUGUGACAACUGUGUGGAGGAGUUUGACCACCACUGCCCAUGGGUGAAUAACUGCAUUGGCAGAAGGAAUUAUCGUUAUUUCUUUCUGUUCCUGCUCUCGCUCACUACUCACAUUAUGAAUGUGUUUGGCUUCAGUCUGCUGUACAUCCUCCAUCACACUAAACAUCUGGACCAGGUGGACUCUGGAGUCACUAUGGCGGUGAUGUGUGUGUCUGGUCUGUUUUUCGUCCCGGUUGCGGGACUCACUGGGUUCCACAUUGUGCUUGUUGCCAGAGGGAGAACAACCAACGAACAGGUCACUGGGAAGUUCAGGGGUGGCGUUAACCCCUUCACACACGGGUGCUUAAAAAACAUUGCACACGUGCUGUGUGGUUCACAGGCUCCCAGGUAUCUUGGUCGCUUGCGAAAGCCUCAUUCUGUUGAGGUCCAGCCACCAUUCCUGCGGCCCCCUCUGUCAGAAGCCCAACUAGAAGCUAAAGCUGUGGAUAAUGGCAUCCAACAGUCUAAAAGUAGUUUGGAGAUAAUGGAGAGUCAGUCCACUGAUGCUGAUCCCCCUCCACCACCUAAACCAGAGCACAGAUACCCUGGGAUGCCUCACACACAAAAUGAAGCUUUCUUCCAAUCAGAGUGCAGCUUGCUGACCGAGGCUCCACCCACACCUUCAUUGUAUAAAUACAGGCCGGCCUACAGCAGUCCAGGAAAAAACCACACGGCCUCAACACAUUCCAGCAAGAUGAGUCGAGGGAACAGUAUGACCGAGUCUCCCUCUGUCCCCGUCACCACUGGGCAGCCCAGCUACCGCUCAGACCCCAGUUUGUCAAGCCGAGGGGGUGCAGGGUGCCGUGGGGGAGGGGAGGGAGGUAAAGCAGGCUCGGGGGGCCUGGGUGGGGCCUCUACAUUCGGUGGGCGAUCCUACCCAUCUUUUACCGACACCCUACUCCAAUCAGCAGCAGCCUCUUGCUCCUCAAGUCUUCGCUCCGCCCAUACAGCCCACAAUGCCCUCGGGCCUCUCAUCUCUGAGGGUACGACCUCCACUAGCUACAAGAGUUUAGCCAAUCAGACACGCAACGGCAGCUUGUCAUACGAAAGUCUGCUGACACACUCCGAAAGCCCGGAGUUUGAGUCUGCUGCUCACGAGUUGUCCCCGCCCAGACCACACCCUCCGCACUCUCUUAGCACAGCAGCGGGGGCCCCGCCUAUUUCAGGGUACACGUCCCCUUUCCUGUCAGCUCAGCAGAGGGAGGGCUCUCUCCAGGCCUGCCCUGCCCCCCUAAGACCCUCCCCCAACAGAGCUUUCCUGCGCCCAACAAGCUCACCCCCUUCUCGGGCUCCGCCCCUUUCUCCUCGGGCUCGCUCAUUGGGCUCCCCUCCUCCUGGGCCCGCCCCUGGCCAUACACCUUUGGGCAAAUCAUUGUCCUAUGCAGGUGGCGCCGAAUUACAGCACCGCCCCUCUAGCUCAGGGGGCGGGACUCCGAUGCAGAAGAUGACUCUGUCUCUGUGCUAAGCUCGACUAUUAAACAAAAUGUGGCCAAUCAUAACACCCCCUCACACAAACCUGUAGGAGGGGUGAAGAAAGUGACUGGUGUUGGAGGAACGACCUAUGGGAUUUCAGUGUGACUGACAAAAGAGAAUCAGGAUUCAUUCUGCAGUUUUUGCCCUUUUGAGCUUCAGCCAGACGGAUGUAAAGCUGCUCAACCAAACAUGCAAAAAAGACUACAAGAAGAAAUCGUGUUUCCCAGUCAAGCUUCAUCAGUCACUAUGAAGGACGUACACUGAGAACAUGGACCAGUGAAGACAAAUCUUCUUUUAUCCGUUUUCUGAAUAUCGAUAUGGUACACAAAUCCCUAAGACUUUCUUAGUUAUUUAAAGAAUCAUUUGGUACUUCAAUGUAUUCCCUUCCGAUUUUUAUGCAUGACUGUCCAAUGAUCAAUGACCAUUCAGCCUUAGCAGGCGGGACCAUGUGAGACACACUGAUGCCUCGUUCAGAAUAACGUCAACAGAAACCACAAGCCUCUCAGCUGUCAGCCAAUAAGUAUUUGAAAAUAUGACUACAUGAAUCACUGUUCAGUCUUGCAUAUUCCAUAGCACGCUUUUUCAAACCCCUAAAGAGACCGUUCAACAAAAAUGAAAAUUCUGUCAUCGUUUUCCAAACCCAUAUUACUGACUAGAUUUUUUAAUGAAUGUUAAUGCUGCUCUUUUACAGACAAUUGUGUCCACAUACUUUCCUGCUCCAAAAAAAGGCCAUAAAUCUGGUCAAUAGAACUUCGAAAGUCUUCUAAAACAGUGGUUCUCAACCACUUUGGGGAAACAUGACUUAAAAUGGUUUAAAAUAAGAAAAUAAAAUGUUGUAAAGUCAUAUGACAGCUGAUAGAUGCAAAAUGCAACAGUUGUUGUGACAAGUUUGAAAACGUUCAUGUGUGCUGCUGAUCACAUAACUUUCAUUUUUGGGUGAACGUUUUCUUCUUUUUUGCUAUUAUUAUUUUAUACAGGUACAGAUAUAUAAGUAUUAAGUUUGAUAAAGAAGAUAAUAUUAAGAUGCAGGCAUAUAUGAUGUUUGUUUUAGGUUGGAUAGUGUUUGUCAGAUUUAUAUGGCUGCAUCAGCCAGAUGAAGUUGUCAGCCAAAGAAACUCGGUCUGUUUGACAGAUAGCACACUCGUCAAGUAGGAGUGAAUGUGUCUAAAGACACAAGUUACUAGAGCACAAAAUAUUAAGCGAAAGAUUAUUUACAUUAAGUACUGAAUAUAUUGUAUGCAAAUUGUAACAAUGUGUCGGCGUGUCCACCAAUCAAGAGCCACACCCUCUUGACAAAUGGUCAGCCAAUCACAAGAGAGUUUAUUUAUUUAGCCAGUGCAAGUACAUGCUGGAUUCACCAUCAUAUAGAUGGGGACAUCGAUUUUAAAAAUUGUCUUUUGUUUUAACUUUUUUUUUUUUUUUUUUACUGGACAUUGGUUCAAAUAAACAGCCAGAGUACAGUGAUUGUCUCCUCAUAGAUAUAUAAGUUUGAUUGUAUUUUUCAAUGUGAGAGAAUGAGUAUGAAAUUUUAUUUGAACUUACCUGACUUUUGUACAAGAGCACAUUCCAACUAUCCGCUUGUUUCAGAUCAGAGGUCGGUCACGUCUUUUGUCUGCUUUUUGAGAUCUGAGGACCGGUCAGUGUAAGAUAAACGUUUUUUUUAUUAUUUUAUUUUAUAUCUUUCAUCAUUUCCACCAUGGCCUUAUGAUGCCUUUUAACUGUUUUCAAGGGUGUUUCAGUCUGCAUAGUUGCUCCUAGAGAUGACAGAUAGAGGAUUGUUGUGUUGGGUAAGAAUGCAGACUCGUUUAACCCUUCUGUAUUCCUUUAAUGCCGCUGACUCUGAGUCACAUGAGCAACACGUUUUCAACAGAACAAUAAACAACAGAAUGAACAUGA